ACUAACAAACAAUUUCAAAAAUCAGUUGAAAAUAUUGAAUAUUGUCAAUCAAAAAUUAAAGACUUGGAUAUUAAGGAAAUGGAAGAAAUGAAGAAUACUGCACAAAAAUAUAGCGAUUAUAAGAAAAUACAUUUUGAUGAAAGAAAUAAGAUCAUUAGAAAUGAAUUACCACACUUUUGGAAGACUGCAUUUGUUAAUCACCCCCAGAUAGAAGAAUUGUUGACAGAAGAAGAUGUGGAGAGCAUUGACUAUCUGGUUGAUUUAUAUGUAGAGGACUUUGAAGAUAUAAGAGCAGGGUAUUUUUUACAUUUUGAAUUUUCUACUAAUCCAUAUUUUACUAAUACUGUAAUAACCAAAGAAUAUCAUUUAAUGGAUAAGAAUCACAAAGUAUUGGGUAAGAAGGAACCAAUCUCAGUAUCAUCAGAGAUUAAGUGGAAACCUGAUAUGGAUUUAUUAGCAAAGAAAAAGAAAGACAAGAAAAAACGCAAAACAUUCAGUGCUUUCUUCUCUUGGUUUACUGAUAAUGAAGAUCCUGCUUCAGAUGAAUUAGCAGAGGUAAUAAAAGAGGAUCUAUGGCUAAAUCCCCUACAAUAUUUCUUAGAUAUAGAAGCGGAU